AGGAAAACAAACACAAGAGCUUUCCAUGACUUCACUUCCCCAUCAUCCCCAAGCUCUCCGAGUAGACAUGACUUGACAAACAGCAACCAACCUGACUUAGAAAUUCAAUACCCCAGAGAAAUUAAAAGUCGAGCUGAGACGCGUGAAAAAACUCCGUCCAGUAAAAUGAUCGGCAUUGACCCUCCCCCUGGUUGUGAAACGAAUAUGUCAGCGCUUAAAAUCGGGGUUUCAAAGUGCUCUGGUGUCUCCCCUAAAGAUCCAGACGUUGGGAAAUUAUCAGAUUGUCAAAACAACAAAUAUUAUGAUCUACCAACAAAGACAUCCAGGGCUAAUGUGGAAUAUGAGCGUGGGGACGUGCCGUCCACUGUAGUGGAAGAGUCCACGAAAAUCUACAGGGAAGUAGCAUCUCAUGGAAUUGCAAAGCCAG